ACAAUGGGUCAAAGUGCAAAUAUAUCCUAGUGGUUGUUAAUAAAUUGCAAAAAUACGUAAGGACCAAAGUGUAAUAAAAGAAUCAUCUGCAUUUGAAGGGUCUAUCAUCAUCAUCAAUGUCUAUCUUGAAAGGAUCAGAGGGAGAGAGAAGAGAAGCUUGAAGAAGGUUCUCUAUCUCUCGUUCAUAGAUUAUGGAACUGCUCUAUCUCCUCUGCUCAAUCGUCUACACUUCAACCACAACGCUCUUCCUCUCUCUCCUGCUCCCCUUCCGCCUCCUUUUCCACCGUCUCCUACCUUCACGCUCCGCCGUCGAUUCCAACGUCUCUUACUACGAAGGCACCGUCUGGCACGACCGUCUCCGUCCCGUCCGUCACUCGUUCCGUUACACCGUCCGUUACGCGCUCUUCGACCUCGAUAAAUCCCUUGAAACUCCGCCGGAUCAUCUCUCCGCUGACGAAGCUCGCCUUCUCGCUCGUACCACCGGUCCGAUUUUCUUAUUGACAAUACCUCCAAGCGUUGGAUAUGAGCAGAACCCGUUGAGUUUGUAUUAUUGCUACAACUUGGAAGGAUCAAGCAAACGCUUAAGUAAAUGCAUUGCACAGGUUACAAAUACGCCAUGGGGGGAACGAGUGACAUUUGUUUUUGACCCUGAAUCUGACUUGGUUGCUAAAUCAUUACAAGUCAGUCCUUUCAUGGAUAUGCUUGGGAAUUGGAAGAUCAGAGCAAACGAACCUGGAGAUGAGCUAUCUGUCUCCAUUGAAUCACGGCAUCCUCAUCACGGUAACUACUUCUCUGCCACUUUGAGGGCGAAAAGAAUAGACCAAACACGGGUUUCUGAUCCUGCGGUCUUCUUCUGGUUGAUGCCUCAUAAGGUUGCUAUAUGGAUCUAUUGGCAUGCACUUAAGCUCUGGUGGAAGAAUGUACCUUUCAUCCAACACCCCAGAUACUCAAACCCAUCAUACAGAGAGGACUCAGCGAAACGUGAUCAAAAACUUCGAUGUGUUGGUUUAGAUGGAUCAAACUCUGGUGAAACCAUUAGCUUUGAUGACUGUAGUGGUGGUUUUGGAGGAUGUCGUUUUGCGUGGCGAGAUGCUAAUUGGCCUUGGUCAUGAAUAUGCACACACUUGAGAUAGCAGAUCGUCAUGAGUUAAGAAUUUGCAAUCGUUCAUCGAGAGGUAGGAGUGGUUUACUUGUUUAGAUUUUGGCUUAAUAAGCAAAGAUGAACGUUGUUUGAUGAUAAGCCGACGAUGUAACUUGACUUCUUGCAAGUUAGAGAACAAUCCUGCAUUUUCAAGUACUAUACCAUAUGAAAUGUUAGCGUACCAUUUGCUCUAAACAACUGUUACAUUGUCAAUUUGUGAUGGUAGUUCAUGUAAUUUUUUUGUCCUCUAAAAUAUCUUUAUUCUAAAUUGAGUUUUUAACGUUUAA